AUGGAUCAGGCGGAACAAGCUUACCUUUGUUUGUGUGUUGAGGAGGAACGUGCUAUUUGGGACACGUCAUCUGACGCUUAUCUAAGCAAGACCCUGAGAGUAACCAGUGAGCUAACGAGAGGCUCUUCAGCGAAGACCGUAGAAUUCAUGAAAAAUAUGACGUUUCUCGAAAAUAUAGCAAUCCUUACCGAAAGCAGAUAUACAAAUUUCGACCGCGAGCUCAACAUGGACUCGGCAGAUUGCCAGCCAUCGACGUCGAAGGUCCCAUCACUCCGGGUGCUAGGCGAUUUGAGCAACAGUAUUUCUUCACUCUCUUCCCAAAGGCGAAAAAGAAAGUUGCCAGAUGACGAGAGGAGCGCCGUUCGAGUAGCGGCGGAUGCAGUGAUGACGAAACUAGAUAGCACACAUGUUGAAGACAGAUAUACCCACAUCGGUAGAUACGUGGAACCGUCAUUGCGUCGCCUUUCCGAUGAAGAAGCAGACCUUAAGGUCUUACACAUAAUGGCCAUAUUUGCGAACGUCAACAUAAGCGAAAAUCUCGACCACUGCUAUAGUGCAGCGUCAGCUUACCAGCAUUCAAAUCGUUAG